CGGCAGAAUGGAGUGCAAUUUUACGCAUUGUUUACAUUUCCCGCGACACUGCACUGCACUGCUGUCGUCAAAAAUAAAAUGUAAUAACUGAUGUUUUCCUGUUGUAUACCCAAUUUACUCAGAAAUACAUUGUGGGACAGAAGAGCAGAAAACUGGAGACUCGAGGUACAUCUCAUCAUCAUCUAUUCAUACCCAAUGCCAUGGAAGUAUCCUUUACUUUGACUGAAGUACAUUGAACAGUAAUUUUUCCCAUACCAUGGCCGGCAAGGUGCUGGCAGAAAGACUCGGGAGGAUUUAAUUCCUCCUCAGGAACAGCAAGAAAGAGAAGGGGUCGGCUUUGCUGAACUCUGCAUUGACCUGGUGCUAUUAUCAUAAUGGAACACGGCACAAGUCAGGCUCCAACGGAGGGUCAGUUGACUGGCAAGCCGGCAUCGUCGUUGUCGUUCGCGGGAGAAACUGGGACUAUUAUGUUAAAGGAGGUUAACACCAGGGAGAGCCUACAUCUGCAUGACCAGGAGGAGAGUGUCAAUAAAGGUGACGGAGGAAAAAACAAAAUGGCUGCCCGGGAGCCUGCCUCUGCUGGCCGUGGUGUGGAGGAGAGAGCGGCAGGCAGUGAGGAGGAACGGCGGCAUCUCGUUAUGGUCCAUCCAGCGGGGGAGAAUGGGGAUGGGAGCAGAAGAAAGAUGGCCGCCAAAACAAACAUGGCAGCGUGCUUGGAGCCUACAGGGGCGGUGGAGGAGGCUGGGAAGAGGACCGGGGAGGAGUUCCCCAAGCAGUUUCGAGUGCAGGAGACCAACUUCAGCGAGGGGCAGCUGAAAUUGACGCUGAAAACAAUGAAGAAAGGCAAGGGGGCGAAGAAUAAGAAAUUGAAGGGGGUCGCAGCAGGAAGUAAAGCAACCUUGAAGACUAAGAAGGGGAAAGUGACUAGCAAGAAAAUGGCGAAGAAGUUUAGAGGCAGAAGGCCGCUAGCACUGUCAUAUCAAGUUCCAACUAUACAGUGUCCUUCUUCUUCCAAACCUUCAUCCAUCCUGUUUCCAAUAACCAGCCCUGUAACCAAACACUGCCACUCCCCGGCUCCGUUUCAUCAAAAACUCAUAAAAGCUAGAAAAAACAAUGUAAGUAAGUAACCCUAUCACUUGUCAGACACUCUUCAGCUUGUACUUGAGCGAGACAAUCUCCUUAACGCUAUUGCCUAAAAACAAAAGCUCUACGCGAGCUCAGAUUGCAAGUAAUUAUGUCAGGGCCCGGCCGGCCGAGUAGGAGUGUAGUGUGCAGGCUGUUUAUUAAUCAAGGUCCGAUACUGAGCUCAGUCGAGCCACAGAUGUAUGGGGAACAUUAGAUUAUGACGAGGAGCAAAACGACAGCUCAUUUGUAUCAAUUUAGGAAUCUAAGAGAAAAUAUU